GAGCCCUCGACUGACAGAAACGCUACGACGACAGAAAACGGUAUAAGCCUUCGAGUAUAGUAACAGAGAAAAAGAAAGGUGAAAGGAUAAAAAAAUAAAAUACAGCCAACCAUCGUAGUGCAAUUCUUGUAUAAGUGCCUAUCAGGAAACAAGACUAUAUUUUAUCUUUCUUUUCAUUGUGAAAGAUUGAUUUUGCUGUUGCAGCUGCUACAAAAAUAAUAGUUGCCCCGUCGCAACAAAUCUUCCAAGCGAAGGUUAACGUUCCUUCGCCAUUUCAAGCAGCAAAAAUGGCAAGUUCUUCAAGAGAUCUUCACCUGAACAAGGUAUGCUGCUAUUCACAUCCAGAUGCACCAUUGAUCGAGGAUUAUCGAGCAGGGGACAUGAUAUGUUCCGAGUGUGGGCUGGUCGUAGGCGAUAGAGUUAUUGAUGUUGGUUCCGAGUGGAGAACUUUUAGCAAUGAGAAGGCGGGAGUUGAUCCAUCACGUGUCGGUGGCCCUGAAAAUCCGCUUCUCAGUGGAGGUGAUCUGUCCACAAUGAUCGGACCUGGAACAGGCCCAGCAUCUUUCGAUGCUUUCGGCACCGCCAAAUACCAAAAUCGACGCACGAUGAGCAGCUCCGAUCGGGCUUUGAUAGCUGCAUUCAAGGAAAUCAGCACCAUGGCCGAUAGGAUCAACCUGCCAAAGACGAUCGUUGAUCGAGCGAAUAAUCUUUUCAAACAGGUGCACGAUGGCAAGAAUUUGAAGGGUCGUUCGAAUGAUGCCAAGGCGUCGGCAUGUUUGUACAUCGCUUGCCGUCAGGAGGGGGUGCCGCGCACUUUCAAAGAAAUUUGUGCUGUUAGUAAGAUCAGCAAGAAAGAAAUUGGACGAUGUUUCAAGCUGACACUCAAAGCACUGGCCACAUCAGUUGAUCUCAUCACGACUGCGGACUUCAUGUCGCGCUUCUGUGCUAAUCUUGACCUGCCGAACACGGUGCAGCGUGCCGCUACGCACAUCGCUCGGAAGGCAGUCGAAAUGGAUAUCGUACCUGGGCGGUCCCCGAUCUCGGUGGCAGCCGCCGCUAUCUACAUGGCAUCACAAGCGUCCGAUCAGAGAAAGACCCACAAGGAAAUCGGGGACAUUGCCGGUGUUGCAGAUGUGACCAUUCGACAGUCGUAUCGUUUAAUGUAUCCCCAUGCCGCCGAACUGUUUCCGGAGGACUUCAAAUUCACCACACCUAUCGAUCAACUGCCGCAGAUGUAAAGUCCGCCGUAGGAUGCUGCGAGUUGCAUCUAUGCUAUGAUAAUUUCAUCUAAAACUUUUACUUUCUUUGAUUUCCGACUAUUAGCACAUUGAUUCCCCACCAUUCGUUCUUUCCUUAUUAAAAGCCCGAGUUACAAUUUUCUAGUGUAUCUGUUUCUAUUACUAUGAUGAAGCGUUUUGAUACAGUAGAAAUUUGUGUGCAGUUCUAAUCCUGCGUCAAGCUCGUAGCAACACUUUAUGAAACAUUGCGACCAGAGGCCCGCCUUUAACACAAAAUGUCACCUCACCUGAUAAGGGAAGUAUGAAUAAUAAUUAUAACUUUAUGUAGGUGUAUUAGUUUUGAGCAUGAAGAAGAUUAACAAACAGUGAAACACAAAACUUUACCGGUUUUUUGAAGGAAUGCAAAAAUAAAACAGCCUUCAAUAAGCAAAUAAAGAAAAAAUACAGGUUAACCGCGUAUGGCUGAACUGCGUGAAGCAUACAAAAUACACAAAAAAACACUAUCAAAUAGUUGUAACACUGAAUUACAAUAAAAAAGCACUUGAACGAAAAGAA